UUUUUUCAUUUCCGGGUCAGCGGUACUUCCUUUUCUGUCGGCCAUUUGUCGUACACGAUUUGUAGGCGACCAUCUGCACCACCGUUAAAAAUGCAGAACGAUGCUGGAGAAUUCGUGGACCUUUACGUCCCACGUAAAUGCUCUGCGAGCAACAGAAUCAUUGGGGCCAAGGACCAUGCCUCCAUCCAGAUUAACAUCGCUGAGGUUGACAAGGUGACCGGUCGUUUCAAUGGACAAUUCAAGACCUACGCCAUCUGUGGCGCAAUCCGCAGAAUGGGAGAGUCGGACGACUCCAUCCUGAGGCUGGCAAAGAAUGACACCAUUGUUGCAAAGAACUUCUGAGUGAGAUGAGAUGUGGAAACUUUGUAAAAUAAAAUGGGGAAGAAAAACCUA